AUGCAUGUAUUUCUGUGCCUCUCACAGGGUCUUCUGUCUGAGAUUCUUAGAAAAGAGGAAGACCCCAAGAUAGCGUCUCAGUCACUCCUGGUCAACCUGCGAGCGAUGCAGAACUUCCUGCAGUUACCGGAAGUGGAGCGCGAUCGCAUCUACCAGGAUGAGAGGGAGCGCAGCUUGACCGCGGUCUCUGCUAUGGGCCCCGCUCCCCUCAUCAGCACCCCUCCAACACGCCCUGUACAGGUGAAGCCCAGCCCUCUGUCCUCAGAGUGGAACGGGAAAUCGGAGAACUGUGUGUUAAACAUCAACUCCUCCAUCUACGACGAGAUCCAGCAGGAGAUGAAGAGGGCCAAAGUGUCCCAGGCCAUGUUCGCCAAGGUCGCCGCCUCGAAGAGCCAGGGCUGGCUCUGUGAACUGCUCCGUUGGAAAGAGGACCCAUCUCCGGAGAACCGCACGCUCUGGGAGAACCUGUCCAUGAUCCGCCGGUUCCUCAGUUUGUCCCAAUUGGAACGAAAGACAACACUUAUGCGAUCGUAUACGAAAAAGUAUUUUAAGAGUUUGACAUGUAGCAUAUUUGUCUCUCGCCCCUCUCAGACUCAUCAACAGCCUUCCUCUCAGCUCCAAGUGCCGCUGCCCCUGCCUCACCCCUCACAGCCUCCUCUAUCCCAGCAUCCCCUGCAGCAGACGGGACCGCGGCUGCCCCCGCGGCAGCCCUCCACGGCUUCGCCCGCCGAGAUCGAGGACGAGAGCCGCUGCAAGAGCCGCCAAGGCAACCGCAUCUCCAUGGAGGCGCUGGGCAUCCUGCAGAGCUUCAUUCAGGACGUGGGCCUUUAUCCGGACGAGGAGGCCAUCCACACGCUCUCGGCACAGCUGGACCUGCCCAAACACACCAUCAUCAAGUUCUUCCAGAACCAGCGCUUCUACAUCAACCACGCCGGCAAGCUGAAAGAGCCGCCCCUGGGCUUCCCCUCCAACAACAACAACAAGGACGAGGGCCUGACGGACUUCAAGGGGGAUGAGCUGCUGACCGAGCUGGACGAGAGCGUGCAGACCAACAGCACCAUGUUCUCCAUUAAAAUGGAAGAGCACCUGAUGCACGAAACGCACGCCAUGAGACAGGCCCAAACUGAGCAGGAGGCCAAAGAGUAACGGACGGCUUUCUUUUGCUUCUGGUGUUAUUCUCGUUCACUCUUGUCUGUGUUCCAUGAGCGAAACUGUAAGACUUUUUACACGAGAUGAUUAACUUUCACAGUUUUGUAAAGCGUGGACUAUUUCACUGUAAAGACUCGUGCAUCAUUUCAAUAAUCUGCACAAUGAAACGAAAUGUAAAAAGAAAAAUCCUAAAGGAAUAGUUCACUCCUAAAUGAAAAUGUUGUUUCCUUUCAAGUGAAUGGCGACUUGGGCUGUCAAGCUCCGAAAUGCACAAAGGCAUCAUAAAAUAUGUUUUAUGAAAGUCAUUUUAUGACAGGGUAAUGGUAUAUAUC